GAGAGAUAAUCGCACCGAAAUCCCAAUCGGCACAUGGCUGGCUCCUCCUUGGGAAAGUAGUGUUAAAAUAAUCGCCGUCCCGACGCAUCCAGGGCGUCCACUUACGCGGAAACUCGAAAUUGUGCAGCAUGUGUCGACAGGUUCACGUGCUAUGAAGGGAACACCCAGCGAUGUGACCACGAGCUGGCCUUUCGCGACAGUGAUCCUUCCACCCAUGACCUCCACCAAAACAUGAUGGCCUGACGGAGAAGACAGUCGCGGAAUUAUGAAACUCCGACCCUACAUCCGUGAAACUUAAGUAAGAUGUUGGAUAUUUUCCGAGGACUAAAAUCUCUCGUCCGGGUCAGCCACAUCCACAUCGAUUCGCCCGUCUUUCGACUGCACUAUUCCAUUACCGUGUCCAUUCUCAUCGCAUUUAGCCUCAUAGUGACUACCAGGCAGUACGUGGGGAACCCCAUAGACUGCAUCCACACCAAGGAGAUCCCAGAGGAUGUCUUCAACACGUUCUGUUGGAUACACUCCACGUUCACGGUGUCCAACAACAAGCAGGAGCCCUACGCCAGGAUGUACCUACCUGGUAGUCCUGGGGUGCGCACAUCCCACAACGAGAAAGAGAAGAAAGUCUACAGAUACUACCAGUGGGUCUGCUUCUGCUUAUUCUUCCAAGCGAUAUUAUUCUACACACCCAGAUGGCUGUGGAAAUCGUGGGAAGGUGGUAAAAUCCACGCCCUGAUGAUGGAUCUCGACGUUGCGGUUUGCAGCGAAAUCGAAAAGAAACAAAAGAAGAAGCUCAUGAUCGAUUAUUUGUGGGAGAACUUGCGGUACCAUAAUUGGUGGGCCUACAAAUAUUACGUCUGUGAAGUUUUAGCUCUGGUAAAUGUUAUUGGGCAAAUGUUUCUGAUGAACAGAUUCUUCGACGGAGCUUUCCUGAUGUUCGGUUUCGACGUCCUGACCUUCAUCAACAGCGACCAGGAGGACCGAAUCGACCCGAUGAUCCAAAUCUUUCCGAGGAUGACCAAGUGCACUUUCCGGAAGUACGGCGUCUCCGGGGACGAGGAGAAGCACGACGCGCUGUGUAUUCUGCCUUUGAACGUGGUGAACGAGAAGAUAUACGUGUUCUUGUGGUUCUGGUUCAUAAUACUGUCGGUACUGACGUUCCUAACAGUGAUCUAUAGAGUAAUUAUUAUUUUCUCGCCGCGGAUGCGGGUGUACUUGUUGAGGAUGCGGUACAGGUUGGUGCGGAAGGACGUGAUCGACACUAUCGUGAGGCGAAGUAAGAUGGGUGACUGGUUCUUGUUCUACAUGCUGGGGGAGAAUGUGGACUCGUUGAUUUUCAGAGACGUUCUGCAGGAGUUGGCUCACAAGCUGAACAGGCACGAUUUCCACCACGCACCCGGGUUCAAAGGUGAAAUACAAGAAGCGUGAAUGCACACUGACAUUUUGGAGAGAUCUAAUCUUCUUAGUAAUAUUUGGAGAUAAUACAAAGUUGCAUAUAAAAACACCACAGUAUAUUAAUUCCACAUGUACUUACACUUCUUUUUUUUAACCUUACAUAGACAACACUGAGUAACAAUGAGAAUGAGACCAAACCAUAUAGUUUCUAUAGAAACAAUUUUUAGCAAUACGGAAUUGUUUUUUCUUUUCAAUGAUGCCAUAUUAUAUGAUAUCCAAAUAUGCUAAGAUAAACGUCAUGAUGCACUGUGUAAAGAAUUGACGAGACGUCGUAGUUUUAUUGAAAUUACACUGCCUUAUUGGGGGAUGUACGAAAAUGCCAAGCGUAUUAUCUAGUCAAAAGUGAAUGUACUUAGUGCUGAAUAAGACCAAGAUUGUGAAUGUUAUAGUUAAAAGGUACUUUGUAUAAUAUUAGCAAAUAUGAAUCUGUCACAUUUAUUUUUUUUAUUUAUAUCUCAGUUUGUUUAAUCUAAGGAAAUAUAUCCUUCUCUUUAUAUUUUCAGUAUUUAUGUUGUAAAAAUUAACUUAGUUAUAUUUUUAGCAACGAUAUAAAUAAACAUUCCUAGUCAAAGAUAUAAAAGUGGUUAUAAGAAUAUUAUUUGUUUAACUUAUUUAUUUUAUUUAUUUGAUAAAACUCUUCGUACAUCCUCUUUGUGAAUCAUAUGUAGGUAAUAAAAAUUAAAACUAUAGACAAUAAA